AUGACAGGACCCCUGACCUCUUUUCUUUACAGACUGAACCGAAGCUUGCGGGAACUAAGCGAGCUGCUCGUGGGCGUCACAUUCGACCCGUACCGCGAUAUCGUGCUCAUCACCGGAGGCUGCGGCGGCCUGGGCAGAGAGCUUGCCCUAACCUUCAGCAGGGCACACGCCCCAGUGGUGGUAUUUGACCUCAACCUGCCGGACCCUGAAGAAGCCCUGCCAGGAGUCCAUUACUAUGAGUGCGACGUUAGCAACCGCAAAGACGUGCUGGACAAAAGCGCACAGGUCAUAGACGAAGUGGGAACCAUAACCAUCCUCAUCAAUAACGCAGGUAUCACCACAGGAAAAACAGUUUUAGACCUCAGUUUCGAGGAAAUCGAGAAAACCAUCGAAGUCAACCUGCUUUCAAGCUUUUAUACAAUCAAGGCGUUUCUGCCACACAUGCUCAAGAUCAAAAGAGGGUACAUUGUCACGGUGGCUUCCACUUUGGGAUACAUGUCGCCAGCCAGACUCAGUGUGUACGGGGCUACCAAGUCGGGACUCAUAGCGUUGCACGAGUCGCUCACCUACGAGCUGGGUCCUCCAUCGUUCAACCUGACGGGAGUUAAAACUUUGCUUAUUUGUCCAGGCCAGCUCAAAACAAGAAUGUUUGAAGGUGUCAGAACCCCACACACCUUGUUGGCGCCAGAACUGGACCCCACCGACGUCUCGAAGGCGGUGUUCAACGCAAUUGAGCUCGGUAAACGAGGAGAAAUCAAGCUCCCGUUCUACGGUAACUUCCUGCCCAUUUUCCGCGCUGCUCCCUGGCCAGUUGUCGAGAUCGCCAGAUACUUUUCCGGGAUCGACGACAGCAUGAAGAAGUUUGUGGGCAAGACAAUUGCUAUUAAGGAGUCAUCCGAGUCUGUGCUCAGUAACGCACUGAACGAGACAGGCUCUAUCAUUUCGGGCAUCCUGGGAGCCGUGUCCGCGCGGCCAGGAGACGUUGGGUCUAUAAACGAGUUGGACAUCGCAGCAGAGUAG